AUGAGCUCCGAACUGUACGCCAAUGCUGUGCUCUACAGUGAAAUUUCACAACGAAAUCCAGAGUUGGUGCCGAAAAUGUUCAAUGAGGCCGCUAGAAAGAAAUUAGACGCUUUCCUGAAAGAUCACGAAGCACCAAAACUGAAAGAUAUUGUAUCCGACAAUGUAUUCCAAAAAAGAAAGCGUACUGCCUCUACGUCCGGAAAUGAGCCUCCUUCGAAAAAAGUUGCGGCCAAAGAGUCAUCUAGCUCCGAUUCGUCCGACGAUGGUGCUGUUAAGAAAAAUGGUGUUCAAAAACCUGCCAUCGUAGCUGCGAAAAAAGCUGCCACUCCAGCCCAGAAGAAAGCGUCUAGCAGCAGUGAUUCUGAUAGUGAUGUUCCAGCUAAAAAGCUGACCCCAGCCAAAAAGCCGGCUCAAACUCCAGCUCAGAAAAAAGCAGCAUCAAGCUCGGAUAGUGAUAGUGAAGACGAAGCUCCAAAAAAGACGCCAGCUGCUACUCCGAAAGUUUCUCAAAAGAAGGCUGAUUCGUCCAGCUCGGAUUCAUCUGAUGAUGACAAGAAAAAACCAGCAUUAAAGAAGGCUGUGACUCCAGCAACCCCAGCCACUCCAAAAGUCGCUGCUGCUAAGAAGGCUGAAUCCUCAUCCGACGACUCCUCAGACGAUGAGAAAAAAACUGUUUCGAAGCCCACACCAGUCAAGACCACUCCAAAAGUCGCUGCUGCUAAGAAGGCUGAAUCCUCAUCCGACGACUCCUCAGACGAUGAGAAAAAAACUGUUUCGAAGCCCACACCAGUGAAGGCCACUCCAAAAGUCGCUGCUGCUAAGAAGGCUGAAUCCUCAUCCGACGACUCCUCAGACGAUGAGAAAAAAACUGUUUCGAAGCCCACACCAGUCAAGACCACUCCAAAAGUCGCUGCUGCUAAGAAGGCUGAAUCCUCAUCUGACGACUCCUCAGACGAUGAGAAGAAAACAGUUUCGAAGCCAACACCAGUCAAGACAACUCCAAAAGUAGCUCCUAAGAAGAAGGAAUCAUCGUCCGACGACUCCUCGGACGAUGAGAAAAAAACGGUUUCGAAGCCAACACCAGUCAAGACCACUCCAAAAGUUGCUGCUAAGAAGGCUGAAUCCUCAUCUGACGAUUCCUCGGACGAUGAAAAGAAAACCGUUUCGAAGCCUACACCAGUCAAGACCACUCCAAAAGUUGCUGCUAAGAAGGCUGAAUCCUCAUCUGACGAUUCCUCGGACGAUGAAAAGAAAACCGUUUCGAAGCCUACACCAGUCAAGACCACUCCAAAAGUAGCUGCUAAGAAGGCUGAAUCCUCAUCCGACGAUUCCUCGGACGAUGAAAAGAAAACCGUUUCGAAGCCCACACCAGUCAAGACCACUCCAAAAGUUGCUGCUAAGAAGGCUGAAUCGUCAUCCGACGAUUCCUCGGAUGAUGAGAAGAAAACCGUGUCGAAGCCUUCACCAGUCAAGACCACACCAAAAGUUGCUGCCAAGAAGUCUGAAUCCUCAUCCGACGAUUCCUCGGACGAUGAGAAGAAAACCGUGUCGAAGUCUACACCAGUCAAGACCACUCCAAAAGUUUCUGCCAAGAAGGCUGAAUCCUCAUCCGACGACUCUUCUGAUGAAGAAAAGAAGCCAGCUGUCAAAAAGCCUGCGACUCCAGCUACCACCAAGGCUUCGGCUCCAACCACUAAAAAGCCGGUAUCGUCAUCGGACUCAUCCGACGAUGAAGCUCCAGCUAAGAAAACAGCUACUCCAGCAAAAAAGGUUGCAACUCCGACUAAAGUUGUCUCAAAAAAAGGUUCAUCUUCUGAUUCUUCUGAUGACGAGGUCCCAGCUAAGAAACUUACACCAGCAACCAAAGUAGGAACACCAAAACCAGUUGUAAAGAAGCAAGAUACUAGUGAUUCGGACAGCGACAGUGAUGAUUCAGAUGACGGAAAAUCGAAGAAGUCAUGUUUUACUAAGGCUACUCCUAUCUCUGCUAAACCAGCUGCCAAAAAGGUAGCCUCUUCGGAUUCAUCAGACUCGGAUAGUGCAAAAAAGCCUGUCGCAAAAACUCCAGCAAAAGCGACACCGGGAAAAAUCGCUGAAAAGAAGGCCGCUUCUUCUUCCGACUCAUCAGAUGAUGAAGAAAAGAAGGCUCCAGCCAAAGCUACCUCGAAAGCUACUCCGAAGUCUGUUGUGAAAAAGCCUACAUCUUCUUCGGAUGAUUCUUCAGAUGACGAGCCAGUUAAGAAAACUCCUGCCAAGACUUCUGGAACACCAAAAGUAGUCGCUAAGAAGGCAAAUAAGGAAUCCAGCUCUGACGAAUCUUCAGACGAUGAGAAGAAGCCAGUUACUAAACCGAUUGCAAAGAUGACUCCUAAAUUAACUGCGAAAAAAGCGGAUUCUUCAUCUGAUGACUCAUCUGAUGACGAUAAAAAGGCCAAGAAACCGGCUAGUACUCCUGCCAAAGCUACCGCGAAAGCUCUGAAGAAGGAGGCUUCUGAUUCUUCAGAUGACGAUGAAGACCUUCCAAAACCUUCGAAGGGUGUCACACCAAGACUGAAGCGUGAAGACUCUGAGGAUUCCGCAGAAACUGAAGAAAGUUCGUCAAGAACACCAGCUUUGAAAGCGAAACCAUUAGCAACCUCCACCGAAAAACCUGCAUAUGAAUCACGAAAAAGGAAGUCGUCGCCAUUUCGUCGCGUUCAAAUGACCAAGGAUAGCGUUGCUGAAAAAUUCCGGAACAAUCAGCAUGAUGCGAAUUUCGAUCAAUGGGGUCAUCGCGCCAAUGAGAGUCUUUCUAAAGUUCAAGGAAAGUCCUUCCGCCACGAGAAGACCAAGAAGAAGAAGGGAAGCUACGGAGGUGGUCCAAUCAACCAAUCAAUCAAUUCUAUCAAGUUCUCUGAUUCGGAAUAA